AUGAAAAUCUCUUCCCGUCAAGUAAAUAAGAAACUCUCUGCCGAGGCGUGCACAGCGGCCUGUCAUCACCGCCGGGCCGCAAGCAGGCCGUCCCGACUGCGGCUUCAGCGGACCCGCCAGCCCCGACGAAAGGGCGGAAAACCGCUUAGCAAAACCGAGACGUCGUGCGGGACGUGCACCGCGUGCGUGCGUGCGUGCGUGCGUGCUAUGCGCGUGCGUGCCGUCGCUGUCCGCGCACGCCAGCCCGUCCCGGCGGAGGAAGGUUCGAGGCCCCAGCUCCGCACCCGAGGGAGCCGUCCCACGCCCCGCAGGACCGUGGGCGGCGGCGGGAAGCGGGCGGGCAAAGACCGACGGCACCGACUGCCCUGCCGGCCCGGGCCCACGAUGCCGCCCCGUCCGACGACCGCGGCCCGCACCAGCCGCCGUUGGCAGCGGCUUGGCGAGGACCCCGCCGAGCCCCCCGCCAAGGCCCCUUCAGUCCCCUUCUCACCCCUCAGGUCUUCAGAGGUUGAUUUAAAUCCCGGGCAACAGCGACCGCAAACCACCGCCAGCGCGCCGGGCCGGUCGUUGGAGCGGGGUCGCCGCAAGGGGGACGGGGGACUGGACAGGCUCGCGCUGGUCCUCGCGCCUCUGCUCGGCUCCCGUUUAUUGACAGAAGACAGCACUGGCUGGGGUGGUCAGCGCCCAGCAGGCAGCAGGCACACAGGGCCUGGCACUCGGCCUGCAGCAGGAGGGUCUCUGUCUGAAAGUCCAGGCUGUAGGCCGUCUUCCGCGUGUCCUGCAGCACGCACUGCAUGAACUCGAACGCAUGGCAGUCCACGAACAGGCGGCUCUGCACGGGGAUGGCGCUCCCGGCGGGGAGCUCUGCGAGGGCGCUUAGCAGCGCCACGCUCAGCAGCAGGAGCAGCCACGGCGACGGCAGGGACUGGCACCCGGGCCACCUGCGUCUCAGCGACCCGAAGAGCAAUUGCUGGGCGACUCAGAUCGAAUACCAGUCUCAUGUUAAUGCAGCUGAGUACAUUCAAAA